AUGGUUGGAUACAAUUCAACUAUUUCAACGAUAACUCGUUGUUGUCGUAGAUUAACAACCUCUUCUACAUUGUCAUCACAGUCUUUAUCAUCAUUGACAACUAGUCAUUAUUUAAACAACAACAAAUAUUAUCAUACUUUGAGUAAUAAUAGUAGUCUUUCAUCAUAUAAUAGAAUUUCAUCAUCAAAAUCUACAUCAUCUACAACUACAACUUUACUUCUUAGAUAUUAUUCAAGAGAUAACUUUAAUAAUGCAUUAGAGUCAAGUUCAUUGUAUGAUAGAGAAAAGGUGAAUGUAAAUUUUAUAGAACCAGAGAAUGUUAAACCAUUCAAACCUCGAUUGGCACCGUAUCAUACACAAGCGACACUCGACUUUCUCAUUACACCCGGUCAAAGACAAUUCUCACGCGAUGAGAUUGACAAGUUUGUCAACCUAGCCAAGGCAUUGUCAUCGAUUGGUUAUGAACAUCAGACAGAAGGUCGUUACAAAGAGGCAAUGGAAUCGUACAACAAGGCAUUACUCAACGUUAGAAAUGUAAUUGGUCAAGACCGUAACCGUAUUUCAUUGCGUGAAUACGCAGUCUUGAUGAUCAACAUGGCAGAGACUCAUUCUCGAAUGGAUAAUGUCGAUGAUGCAAUCCUACGUUCAAAACAAGCUAUCGAUCUAUUAGAAAUAGAUUGGAGGAAUCAAUAUGAUAUGGAACAAGAAAAACAAAAACAACAAGAAGAAUUGGAACAACAAGCUUUAAAAAGUGGUAAAAAGUUAAAUAACAAGAGAAGUAUUGGUAAUACUCUGACUUCUCAGACUACCUCGACAGUUAGAAAAUCAUGGGUAAAAGAUGAAUUAUUGGGAGUUGCUUAUCAAAAUCAUGCAGAGUAUUUGGUGUACAAACAGAGGUACCCAGAGAGUGAACCAUUUAUUCGUGUUGCUCAUGGUAUUUUGACCAAGUUGUAUCCACUCGAUCAUCCAGUCAACGUUGAUAAUGGAAUGAUGUUGAUUCAGGUGCUCAACGAGAAUGCACGUCAUGAAGAGGUCAAAAAGGUGAAUGACAAGUAUGGCAGCAUUCUCAUGGACUCGAUGGGCAAAGAGAAUGAAAAGAACGAGACCGCCAUCUACGAACAAAUGAACGAGGGUAUGAUGACAAGUCUAGAAAACUCUAUUCGUGAAAAAUACCCUGGUGUCUUGGAAGAACAUGAACAAGAAGCUGAACGUCUAGCACAAGAAAUUGCCAAUGAAAAGGGUACAAGUAAAGAAUUACAAGCUUUAAAAGAAUUGGCUGAAUUGCAAGAACUAGAAGAACAAGAGGACGAAUAUUUGGACGAGGAGGAGGAAGAGUUGGAAAGAAAUCAAUUUGCAGAACCACAAUUUCAUCAAGAUGAUUUACAAGCACUUGAAGAAGAAGUGUAUAGUUUAUCAUCAAAACAAAAGUAUGGAGAAACACUUUCAACAGCCUCUAAACUAGAACAAGAAUUGAUUGAUGAUGGUACAAUAGAGGAUAGUGAAUUAUCAAAAUAUGCAGAAGACGAGGAAGCAGAAGAAGAGGCACACGAUGAAUUUAUGCGUGAAAUCAGUCAAGAGGAACAAGAGUUGGGUAAAAAGUAUCAAUCUCAUCUAGACAAACCACUCGUGUCACCAGAGGAGUUGAAAUACCCAAGUGACUUUGUACUCAACAAGCUCGAUGCUCUUCUUAGUAAAGGUGUCGAGGAAUACUCGGCCUUUGAAAGAGCCAAAAUGAUCGAUAGAGAUCGUCGUAUUAAAAACAAGGCAUCCGAUGUCAUUGACCAGGUAUUCUCAGAGGAUGGUCACAUUACCACCCCUACAACCGAUUCUGGAGAACCUAUCAGUCAAAGUAACCUUCAAAAGAUUGGUCAAUACCAUGCAGAGGAAUUGAUCCAACCCGAUAUGGAAGAGGAAAAGGAGUUGAUGGAAAGUUAUAUGAGCAAGAUUCUCAAACUCACCGAAAAUAUUGACGCACAGGAAAUGUCAGACAUUGAAGAUAAAUUCAAAGAUAUUGAACCACUAUUGGCUCAAUUUGCAAAAGCAGAUGACCAACAAGCAAAGAAAUUAUUCAAUUUUUCAUUUCAAGAUGUUGAACAAGAAGAAGAACAAGAUAGACAAGAAAGAGAAAGAGAAAGAGAAACGGAAAAGAAACAAGAAAAAAAGAAAUCAAAAUCAAAGUCGUCUCAGUUUGAAUCUGCAGAUUUAUCAGGUCUAAGAGACAAUGAAAAGGAUUUUGUUCAAAAGAAUCAAGAUUUGAUGAGAGAUUUAAUGGGACAAGUAGAAAAGCAUGGUUUCAAUUUAGAAGAGAUUACAAAGAAUAUUAAUUUGGAUGAUUACAAGGAUUUGGAUUUGGGUGAAGAAGGUGGAGACUUUGAAUCAAUGCUCAAGGGAAUGGAAAUGGAUGGUGACGAUGAUGACUUUGACAGUGAAAUCUUUAAGGAAUUUGAUUUCAAGGGUCUUGAAGAUGAUGAUGAAGAUCUCGAUAUUGACAAUGACGAUGAAAAUGAAAAUUUGGAUCUCUACAUUAAACAAACAAUGCAAGAUCAAGAUUUAGAUGAAUUUUUUAAAAAUAGAAAUAAAUAG